GGCUGUCAUCAUCUGACAUAUUCAAAUAUAUUUAUUUGUCAUUUACUCCCUAACAUCAAUUAUUUGUUCUCUCUCUAUCUUCUCCUCCACACAAAUUUGCAAGCUUUUCAUUGUUCAAGCUAAUAGUUCUUUUGGAAAGUACACAAAAACAUAGACGAACAAAGCAGCUAUAUCAGAUUUUUCAUCAAGUAAAAAGAUCCGGAGAAUUUGAAAGAGAAGGAACUUACAAUCAUGGAAAAUGAAGGAAAAAGAGAGAAAGGGAAAGCAAACAACUGUAUGGUGUCAUUUUCUGCUCUUCGCAUGGACGUUGUCAACAUUCUGGAUUUCAUGGAGAUGUUAAAGACUGAAGAAGAGGAUCAAAAUGUUGUUAACAUGGCCAACAAAAUUGAAAAGGCUAUGAAAAUGGUGCUGGCAUUCAUUUGUACAUAUGUCCAGCUUUCGUAUUGUGAUUUUGAGCAGUUUGAAGAUAAAAUGACUUUCAAAAGACAAGAGGUUGAGGAUAUGCUUCGACCAAUUUUGAAUGAUGUUGACAACAACAUCGGGUGUAAAUACAACAUGCAUCAUGUCCUUCACAGCUUCACCCAUAAUAUGAAUGACUGUAUCAGCUCAAAUCAUCAUUCUAAAUCAAGUGCCACCAUGACUGAGGAGCAGUUGAACUUCCUCCUCCUGAAUCUCCAUCAUCUAUCCAAGAUCCUUUCUGAAUAUAUUUUUCCAUUAGACAUUAAGUUUGAGAUUCUUCAGAAUGUAUGUGUCAACAUCAGAAAUUUCCAUGGGUUGAUAAUGAAUGGUUAUGUUGAGCACGAGAUUGUUGAAUAUGUCUUACCUCAACUUCAACCCAUGGCUGAGAGUGUUGGACGCUUUCUGUGGAAUGGAUAUAUUGAUGAAAAUUCUCUUCAUUUCAAGCUACCACAUCUAUUCUUGAAGAUUAUUCCAAUUGAACUGGAGGUGAUGCACAUAUAUUUUACAAAUUUGAAAGGUUCAACUUCAGAAGAAGUGGGACGCGUCAUUAACCAGCUCCUGGAAACCUUUCCUGACAUUCUUAGGGAAUAUUUGAUUCAUCUACAAGAGCACAUGGUAACUGUUGUUACGCCUAGAGCUUCAGGGGCUCGAAACAUUCAUGUCAUGAUGGAGUUCCUGUUGAUUAUUCUUACUGACAUGCCUACUGACUUUAUUCAUCAUGACAAAUUUUUUGAUCUCUUGGCACGUGUUGGGGCACAUACCAGGGAGGUAUCGAAUCUUGUUUGGGACUUAUCAAGGAAUGAAGCGAGUACCAAUGGAACAAAUCGUGCAACUCUAGACUUGCUGGAUAAUAUUGAACUCCUCAAGGAAGAUCUCAAACAUGAUUAUCUGAAAGCCGCGGAGUCAUCUCAAUGUUGCUUCCCCCUGAGUGAUGGACUUCUCUUCAUGCAUCUUCUACAUAGACACUUAACUGAUUUGCUAGGUUCCAAUGCUUAUUCAAUUUCUUUGAUAAAGGAAGAAAUUGUGCAAGUGAAAGAAGACCUAGAAUUCAUAAUAUCUGGUUUCGUGAAUAUUGAGCGAGAAUUGGAUAAAAGUCUCUGGGCACAUGUUUUGGAUGUGGCAUAUGAGGCAAGAGAUGUGAUUGAUUCAAUUAUCGUAAGAGAUAAUGCUCUUUUACAUCUUAUUUUCUCACUUCCCAUCACCAUAAAAAAGAUCAAGCUUAUCAAAGAAGAUGUCUCCAAUUUACUUGAGAAGAUUCCCAAGAAUAGGAGCUGCAUUGUUGUAAACUCUAGCAAGAAGCCAGUUGAAAGCAGGUCAUUGCCAUCUGGUAAAAUAAUUGUAGGUUUUGAGGAUGAGACAGAUUGGAUAAUUAGUAAGCUCACUAGUGGACCGAAAGAGCUAGAUGUCAUUUCAAUCACGGGUAUGCCGGGUUCGGGCAAAACUACUUUGGCAUACAAGGUGUACAAUGAUAAGUCAGUUUCUAGACAUUUCGACAUUCGUGCAUGGUGCACAGUCGACCAAGUAAGUGACAAAAAGAAGCUGUGGGUGGAACUUUUAAAUCUAGUUGCUGGCUCGGGAUUGAAGUUCAGUGAGGAUAUUGAUGUUGCUGAUAUGCUACGGAAACAAUUGUUUGGAAAGAGGUACCUUAUUGUCUUAGAUGACGUGUGGGAUUCUACUACAUGGGAUGCGUUAACAAGACCUUUUCCUCUAUGUGAGAUUGGUAGUAGAAUUAUUUUUACUACUCGAGAAAAGAACGUGGCUAUUCAUGGAAUGCGCAACACUGAUCCUCUUAACCUUCGAUUGCUAAGACCUGAAGAAAGUUGGGAGUUAUUAGAGAAAAGGGCAUUUGGAGAACAAAGUUGCCCUGAUGAACUAUUGGAUAUUGGAAAAGAAAUUUCCCAAAAAUGUCAGGGACUUCCUUUGGUUGCUGAUCUGAUUGCUGGAGUCAUUGCAAGGAGGGAAAAGAAGAAGACCGUGUGGCUUGAAAUUAGAAAUAACUUAAAUUCCUUUAUUUUCGACAGUGAAGUUGACGUGAUGAAGGUUAUAGAAUUAAGUUAUGACCAAUUACCACAUCAUCUGAAGCCAUACUUGCUUUACCUAGCAUGUUUUUCGAAGGACACAGCAGUUAGAGUUGAUGUGUUGAAACUGUUAUUGCAUUCUGAAGGACUUGUGGAAGACGUGAUGGAGGAUUAUUUGGAUAAUUUAAUUUCCAGUAGUUUGGUAAUUCUUUUCGAUGAGAUAGGUUUUUACUCGACUUUCCAACUUCAUGAUCUUGUGUAUGGCUUUUGUUUGAUAAAAGCAAGAGAGGAAAUGUUGUUUAACUUGGUAAGUUCAAGUGCUCCAUCAUCUUCUUCAGAUUUGUUUCCAUGGAAAAUGUCGAUUAUUUAUUAUAAGGAGCACGUUGGUCUUAACAAUUUUGUCCUGCUCGAUUCAGAAAAGAAUAAGUAUUUGGGUAAACACCUCUAUUCUUUGACGAUAGCUGGAGACAAGAUGGAUGACAGUCUUUCUAAUACAUGUCACCUGAGACACUUGAGGCUUCUUAGAGUGUUGAAACUGGAUCCCUCUUUUAUCAUGGUGAAAGAUUCUUUGCUGAACGAAAUAUGCAUGUUGAAUCAUUUGAGGUACUUAAGAAUUGGGACAGAAGUUAAAUCGCUGCCUUCAUCUUUCUCAAACCUCUGGAAUCUGGAAAAUCUCUGGGUGACUAACAAAAGAUCAACCUUGGUACUGCUACCGAGGAUUUGGGAUCUUGUAAAGUUGCAAGUAUUGGCCGUGGAUUCUUGUUCUUUCUUUCAUAUAGAUACAAAUGAACCAAUACUGAUAGCGGAGGACUCAAAGUUAGAGAACUUGAGAUUUUUAGAGAAACUUGUACUUUCCUAUUCAAAAGAUACAGAAGAUAUUUUCAAAAGGUUUCCCAAUCUUCAACAUCUUGUAUUUGAUCUCAAGGAAUCAUGGGAUUAUCCAACAGAGCGAUAUUGGUUCCCAAAAUUGGAUAGCCUAACUGAACUAGAACUCGUCCAAGUAAAAUUUGAAAGCUCAAAUUCAAAUGACUGCCGUCACUCUGUCGCGACAAAUUGGUCAUGGGAUUUUCACUUUCCUUCCAAUUUGAAAAGAUUGUUGUUGUAUGACUUCACUAUGGCAUCCGAUUCACUAUCAACAAUAGCAGCACUGCCCAACCUUGAAGAGUUCAGCCUUAUCAGAACAAUCAUCCAGGGGGAAGAAUGGAACAUGGGGGAGGAAGACACCUUUGAGAAACUCAAAUAUUUGGGGCUGAGAGAAGUGACUUUUUCUAUGUGGGUGUUUGGAGAGGAAUCCUUUCCCAUGCUUGAGAAAUUAGUACUGGUUGGAUGUCGUAAGCUUGAGGAGAUUCCGUCUAGUUUCGGGGAUAUGUUUUCAUUGAAAAUUAUCGAACUUAUAGAGAGCCCUCAACUUAAAGAUUCCGCUUUGCAGAUUAAACAAUAUAUUGAAGAUAUGAUGGGAGGGGUCGAGCUUAAGGUCGAAAUAAGUUGAGCACCAACCGAACAGGUUCUUCUCCAUUCUUAUGCACAUUUAAUAUAUCAGAUCUUGAGAACUUGAAAGGAAGGGAAGGAGAAAUAAAGGAGGAAAUAAACAACUCAUCGAACCCUUCCCUGCUGCCCCCAGCUCCUCCGCCAUGGUCAGUUCAUCUCCUAGUUGGCGUGCUGUUGUCAUGCCUCGAUCUGCAAGUUUGCUGCCACCAAACGCCGGCACCUUCUUCUGUAAGUCUCUUUGAAAAAUGAAUGAAGUGAAACAGAAGGUCUGCAACCUCUUUACUAUAUGAAAGUUAUCCUAUAUCUCAUUUUUUCUCAAGUUUCUGUAAAUCUUUCAAGAAAUCACAAACAAGUGAACUUUUCAGGUACUGAAGUCAUUGAGAAAUUCCAAUGCAGCAAGAAGUGGGAUCUCUGCGUGCAAGGAGUUAUAAUGGUCUUGAAGGCUGCUGUAUUUAAUGAUCAGAAUGUUUAAAUAGGUGUUGCUGUACAACAUUUGGACUCAUGUGCAACUGGAAGUGUUAUUAAAAAUCCUCUUGUGCCUAUUAAUACACCGAUUGAUGGGAAUUGAAUGAAUCCGGGGUAAUAAGGUGCUAAGAACAUCACCUUUCCUGAAGGUGCUAGAUUAUAUUGAAGAUAUCGGUCUCGAGGAGAUUGCCUAUUCUCCCUUUCUAGCCCCGUACAGUCAUCGCGUGUUCCAUUACAUUGGGUUCCAGACUAAGAAGAUAGAGAUUCUCUGUGUAUCUUUUACAGGGAAUAGCGAUCUAGGCUGCGACUACGUGCUCUCUGGUUGUGAAAGCAUCUGUAAGUUGGAGAUCUGGUGACAAGGCUUUGUUGGUCAGUGCUGCAAUGCUGGAGACGAUGCAAUAUCUUUGUAUGUCCUCUUGUUGAGUAAGUUAUGGUGCAUGUAAGCUGGUAUCUCAGAAGUUGCCAAGGGUUAAUGUUGAAGUUGUAGAUAAAGAGGGGUCAUCCAGAUACGAGACAAGAAAGUUGCCCCGUCGAGAAACUCUACAUAUAUAGGACAGCGGCAGGAUGGAGGUUUGACAUGCCUGAUUCCGUCUGGACCAUUGACAGAGAUGCAGCAGCAUCAACUUCACAUAGACCGGGGAAUUGCCCCAUGGCUUCUGCGUAGGAAAACUGCAGGUAUCAGUUCAACAUUGUUCUUUAUCCGCACAUUUUUGCUCGAGCCCCUUGUGUAGUUUUAGCGUGCUAAUGGGAGCUAAAGGUUAUUGGAGAAGGCUUUUGAAGCUCAUAUAUCUUCAAAUUCGCCCUUGACCGGGCGAAUUCACAGCAACAUGUAGUACAAAAUUUACAACUCUUUAUGUCAUCACAAACAUGUGAAAACUCUCUUCAGGUAAUGAAGUUAUCAAGAAAGUCCAAUGCAAGAAGUUCAGUGUGUGCUGCAGGGUGGUGGAAUUCACAUGCACCAAGAAUCAGCCAUCGAUAAGCAUUUAGAGUUGAGGGAUAUUGUAUCUAAUGAUCAUUGGAUGUACUUCAUUCAACUGAGAGGAAUUCAAUUGUAGUUUUUUUUUUUUUUUUUUUUUUGAAAUUGUAUUAAAGAUUCCCACUUCUUGUACACUACAAUACAAAUAGGUGCUGGUUCAAGAAAAAUGUACAAAACUUGAGAAUGCCAGUUGCUUAGUAACUUUGCUAUGUUUAUCUUCAGUUUCAU